CAUGGGAAGAAUGCUCGUAGGGUUUGUGCUAGCAGUCAUGGCCCUGCUGUUCAGCCAGUCUUCGGCGCAGUACGGAGGCGGCUUCGGAUCUGGGGGCUUCAAGCAGGGAGGAGGAGGCUAUGAAUCAGGAGGUGGCUAUGAAUCCGGAGGCGGUGGCUAUGAAUCCGGAGGAGGAGGCUAUGAAUCUGGCGGCUACGGCGGAGGGCCUGUGGAACCUGUCAACAACUACGGCGGAUACGGCACUAACGUGCGGCCCAUGAUGGGCCCCUACGGUGGCGGAGCACCCAGUUUCAAGCCCGUGCCAAACCCUUACGGUUAAUUACCCUUCGUAUCUGAUAUGUAUGUUAAGCACGACCCAACCCCGACUCGUCUUCCAUGGAGGAGAACACAGGGCACGAGUGACAGCAUUCAAUGGACAUUAAACGCAACAUAUUCUUGUGGAA